AGAAAUUGCAUGUUUUAUCCCGGACAUGUCUGAAGACCCCAAAGUGCAUCAUGUCCCAGUGUAUUCAUUGGUGCCAGAUGAACAGAUCAGUGUACAAAGUAGUAUUGGUGCUGAAGGUGAGCAUGUGGAUAUUGUGGAUGGGUUUUCCUUUGUUUCAUUUAAUAACUUGGAGGAGCUGAAUACAUAUACACAGAAACAGAGAGGGAAAUUAGAUAAGAGACACUGUCCAUGGUUGAAAAGGAAGUUGAAGCGGAGAAAGAAGCUAUUGAAGGCCAAGAAGAAAGGAACAGAAGAGGUGAAGAAUUCAAAUGAAGAAAAAGGAGACCCAAGCAUAUCUAGUGAACAUUCCCAAGAAAGUAGUAGUUUUAACAUUUCUGGAGCAUUUUCAAGCAACGAUUUGGAUACUUACCUGAACAACAAUGCACAUCUCAAUAUAAGCUAUGCCAUACCCAAGUGCAAGACAACAGAGGAGGGAGUCACUAGACUUGGGGAGGACGAACUGCUGGAAGAUGUUAAACGAGCUGAGCCACCCGUGAGCUUUCCCAACCCAGUGCCAAGUGAGAGCCAACCCAGUGAUACAGGCAGCAAUGGAGGAAGUCUACCCACAGGAGAGAUGGAACCAUUGUCACAUGACGAGAUACAUUAUGAAGAAGUUAAUGCUAUUGAUAUCUUAUAUCCAAAAGAAAAGUAUAAAUAUUAUUAUAACAAGGAUUUAUGUAAAGAAACGAAAGCAGAUGGGUCAAAUGUAUUUGUUCGGAGAGCUGGGAAGUUGGUCCCUCUCACAAGUGUGUUCAAGAGUCAGAGAACAUCAAUGACCGAAUCCAAAAAUAAGAAAACAGUAGAGCUUGUGUAUGUUUAUGAUGGAGGGAAGCUUCUCACACUUGGCGGAUCUCUUACAAAAAUUAACCCAUCAAACUCAGACUCAGUCCGUGCUAGAGUGAUAUUGCCAAUUGGUGUGCCACCUAUUGUUAAAGGAGAUGCUGGGCAAACAAAGACAAAGAAAGUCCAGGCUGUAGAGAUUAAUGAGGAUCUAGCCAAAUUUGCUUUAUCAGCACUUCAGAAUCCAGAGAGCAAAGACGUAAAGAUGCCAGAAGAAAAAACUGAAGCAAAGCCAGAAAUUGAGGAGAAGCCAGGAUCAGUUGUGGAAAAAAUAGAAACAAAAGUAGAUGAACCAAAACAGACAGUUAAAGACAAAUUAAAGGAGCCUCCCAAAAUAACAAAAGUCAUACCAACUAAAAGAAAUAUACUAGACAUCAUUGCUGCAAAGCUUGCAAUGUCUGAUGAUGAAAGUGAGGAGAAAGAAGAAGAAAUAGAGGAGAAUCAGCCACCAAGAGAUGGAAGUCUUAUUGUAGGAGCAGAUACAAAAUCAGAAGAGGAAGACACAAAGGAAAAUGUAGUGCUAAAAGAUGAAGAUGAAAAGAGCAACAAAGCAGAAAGUGUGAAGGAAUGCAUGACCCAGUCAGAUGAAGAAGAUUCUGAUAUAAAGAAAAGUAAGGAAUCAGAUGUCAAAAAGACAGAAAUUGAAAAUGAAGAUGAUUUAAGACCUAGAAUGAAUAUGGAUUUUGACUCCAACAAAACAGUGGAAGCUACAAAGCAGGAAACAGAAUCAAGUGAACAUGAAAAAGAUACUGACACAGCAACAAAGAGUAAAGAAUUUGAAAAUAAAUCGUUUAAACUAUGUUCCACAGGUGAUUCUGAAUAUGGAGAUGAAAAAGAAGUAGCAGGAGGAAAAAACAAGAUAAGGGCAGGUGCUCUGAAUAUGCCACACAAAGAUAGCAAAACUGAUUCACAUAGAAAUGAGACUAAAAACGAUGAAAGGUAUAAAGAGACACCAGCUGCCUCCUCCAGGAAGGACUCAGUCCAGGCUCCAAGUCAGAAUACAGGGUCAGCCAGUGAUUCUAAAAGCACAAGAGAGAUCCUUGAUGAUGGGCAGAAAGUUAAAAAACUUAUAUCAGUACCAGAAGAAACGGAGAAGAUAGAAGCUUGCAAAAGUGAACAUGAAAUUCAGAGUUCAAAAGUGGCAAGUGAACAAGCAAAAGCAGAGCAGCCAGUAUGUGCUACUGAGGAAAAUGAUAGCAAGACUCGUACCUUCAAAAAGAACAUGUACAGAUUCCCCUCGUUGUCAAGAGAGAUGAAGCGGCUUAACAUGAACUUUGUAAAUUACACAAUGGAAGAAACAACCCAAGAUGAUCAUGCAGCUGAUGAGAGUAAGAUAAAGGAUGCAUGCACACAUGAGCAUUGCUUGCUAGGCUGUAUAUGUGAUACUCUCUCCUGUAGGAGAAGAGACCCAGAGCAUUGUGGCCGUGUGGAGUGCAUGUUUGAGUGCAACUGUCGGGAUGAGAGCUGGAAGCAUGCAGUCUCAGGGAUGGGCCGAACCAUGAAUGCCGUCUCCAUCUUCAACUUGGACCGGGAGCAGAAGGAAGGCCUUGCUCUCAGGGAAAAGGACUUCAAGAAAACAGUUAUUCAGACUGGAACAGAAGUGAUCUUGGUGGGAGCAGAGAGGAAAAAGAGGGAACGCAGGAUUCCAGGCCGAUACAGAGACUCAGCAGUUUGGAUGGGGGGUGAUCUGGUGGACAUGGAUUGCACAUCAGUUACUGCAGAGCCUGAGGUGCCACCAGAGCCUGAUUAUCCAAGCAUACCUAUAAGUGAAGCACAUAAAUACAUUAAGAAGUUCAAGCUUACUGUUCCUUGGUAUGAUGUGAAAGGCAUUAGUGUCUGGUGCAUGGAUCAUUCCUGCUAUGACUGUAAGUGUCUGACUGAGCCUAAUUUUUACACUGAGGAAGUUAUAGAAAAGGUAAAUGUGGAGAAAAAAGUGCACAAGACUCCCACAGCCUUAGACUCCAUAGAAGAAGCACUAAAACAGAAGACAAAUGCCAGCCUUGGGAUAUUGUCGCAACAUGAUUAUGAUAGUAUGUUGUGGGAAGGAAGAUGUGUUGUUGUGAAUAUCAAUGUCAACAACACAGAAGCCAAACGAAAGUACAGCUGGAAGUUGAAGGAGUGGUAUCACCCAAAAGGUAUGCAUAGUGCUCGCACGUGUGGUUACUCCAAGAAAAACAUGGUGGUAGAGACAAAACACUUGACUCUGACUGGACUUUCAUCCCAGGAAAGCACACCAGAGCAGGUUGUUGAGAAUGUAGUCAGAUCUUUAAAAGACCCUCGCACUAAGCUUUUUGUGCCAGCAUUGGCAGACUUCUCAAGGAGUCCAGAAGUUACUCCCAGUGGGGAGGAGAAGGAUCUAAAGCCAGGAAAUGUUUCAGUACCUUUAGUAGACCUAACUGCUUCAUGUGUUAGCAAUGAGAGCGUGGAGAGCAAUGAGUUGAACCAUGGUGAAUUGCAUGGCCCACAUGAGAAUGAGGCCUCUCCGGAAGAAAAUGCUGGAGUAGCGUUGAAGAGGAAGUUGAGUGGAUCCUUAGAUAUAUGUGAUGGUCAGGAUGCUGAUGCAACUCCUACACUGCAGCCAAAGAAAAUGCAAAAGUCUGGCAUUUGUGAGGUUAUAGAAGAUAGAAAAACUGCACAGCCUAAUAAAGAUGAAAUAGAAGUGGAAGUAAACAAAUCCGCUCUCAAGCAGGUAAAACCCACUCAAAAGCAAGACAAAUUCCCCUAUCGGAAGCCAGUUUCACUUUUAGAGAUGAUGAUUGCUGAAGAAAAAAGAGGUGAGCUUGAGUUAGACUUAACGGACAACUUCCCAGGGAAUGCAAUGCUGGUUGCUGAGGCUCGAUUUAGAAAACUGAUCAACAUGAACAUCAUUGGGGUUAUUGGCAUAAACAAAUCAGGAAGGUGUAUAAUAGCCACUGUAGACAGCAUUGAGUCGAUGCGAGUGAUGCAGAGAAUUCAUAGCAUGAUUAGCAACAAUAACCUUGAUGUGGGACCUAACAUGCGGGAAAUAUUCUUCCCUCCACCACACACUGUCUCACGCCCAAGGUUUGUAAUGAUUAGAUGCGAUGGUAAUGCAAAGUGGGAGAUUGUAGGUGUUGUACAAAAGAAAGGUCCUUAUGUCACCACUAAGUCGAGUGAGCAGAAGUCCAAAGGAAAGCCUGGGUUGCCUGUGCCACAGGUUGUUGACUUGGAAGAGGAAGAGAGGCAGAAAGAGAAGGCAAAGGAAAAACCUGAUAUUGUCAUUUUGGCUGACUCAGAAAACAAUGGUGAGGAUACUGGAGAAAAAGAAGGAGGGGCUUGGGAAGGCAGUCUUCCUCUCAUAGCAAGUGUUCAUAGUGCCUCUGAUUCCAGCAUUGCUGACCUUAUGGACUUGAAGGAUACGGCUGUCAGUAUAAGUGAAGCCCUUCCUACUAGAACCACAAAGGAGGAUGUCUCCCACCAGUCUCGGAAGAGUUUGGUGCCUCUGGAAGGAGAUAAGACCCCUCCUACAAUUGAGGUUGAAGCUGGGGUUCAGAAGAAGCAAAUGACCAUUGAUACAAUUUCUUUGAAGAAAGUGAAGGCUCUUCCAGACCUAGUACCAAUAAGAGAACCCUCCAUAGAUGUUCCUUCUAAAGAGAGCAUAGAAAAAACAAGUACAGAUACCCCUAUUUCUCCAGUUGGAAUGAAAACUAUCAAAAUAAAUCAGACUAGCAAUCGUAUUUUUGGUGAUUACAAUAUUGUUGUUACAUCAACUCCUUUUGUUCAGUCCUCAAGAUGUUCACCAUUGGUUAAUGUAACAUCAGCUUCAUCAUCAUUGUGUUCACCAAAUCCUGUGAUAUCUUUGCCUGGUAGUGCAGAGGAUUCUAAAAUAUCUCAUACUGUAACUUCUAGUAAGGAUACAAGCUCUUCUCCCUUGGUAGUUCAAGUUGAAAAUCCCUCUUCGAUCUCAGAAGACGAAAAAUUAGUAUCACCUCUUAGUACGAAAAAGAUUAAUCUUUCGUCACCCACUUCCUCAGGAAGUGCAAUGUUUCGGCCUCGUAUUCAGGUCACUCAUGGAAAAGGUAUUAACCCAACUUUGCAGCCUAGAAUGGCAGCCACAAGUACAGUUAAUCAUAGAAUGUUAUAUAUACCUGUCAGUUCAAGUGGAAUGUCAAAAAUGGUUCUGAUGCCUUCUGGUAGUAGUGGACCAUCACAAAUGUUAUUCAUGUCACCUCCCAAUAAAACGCCAUCUUCAGGUGUUGUACAGGAGGGUAGUAAGAUGAAGAUGGUAAUUGUUCCUUCAGCAGGAGAUAGAGGGAAAAUGGUAAUCCUCCCUUCUCACAGCAUAGACACUAAUGUAACAGCAUUGCCUCUUGCUGCUGCCUCAGAAAAAACUGUAGAAACAGAGAAGAAGUUCAUUUUACUUCCACCUUCUCAGGGACUGAACUUUGCUGGAUCUUUGGACAAUAAGUCUGUCAGCAUCCCAUCCAUACCCACAAAUGUUCCUGAGGUUAAUCUUACUGAAAAUGUAGUGAGUAAUAAGCUGCAAGGUACAUCUGCUCUACCAGAGGUAGUUGAAGAAACAGCAGCUCAAAAACCUGAGAACAGUGAUGAUUCUGAUGAUGUAGUAGUCAUUGGGACAGCUUCAAAUACUCUUACUAUAACAAGAGUUAAAACAUCAGAACCAGAAGUUUCACAGUUAGCAGGGAUUUCUACUGCACCGUCUGUAAUGAUUGUACCAUCCACUACAUCAGUAGUCUCUGGUGGUGGAACUGCACAGACAACAGUGGUUUCCUCAGUUUCCACUAUCUCAAGCACACUACCUCAGAUUUCCCAAGCACAAGAUUGUGAUAUUAUUGUUCCUGCAGGUAACAAGCCACCUGUAAAAGAUUGUAGUAAGCAGUUAAAAGAAACAGAAGAUAUGGUAAUAGUUAAAACAUCCCUUAAUGAAAACCAACUUAAUGCAUUACUUCAGAACACGCAUAAAGACAUGCUGAAGAACGCUGAAUAUCCCCUUGAUGGCUCUGAUGUUACACACAUGAAAAAAGACGUGUCAGGUCAAAGCCAGGACAGAAAGGAUAAAUCCGAUCCCAUCCAUAAAAAAGAAGUGGCACAUGACAACAAAGAUAAAUCAUUAUCUCAAAAAUGUAGUUCAAAGACUCAUUCUCAAACAUAUCUAAAAAAUACAUCUGAAGUCCAAGAGUUAGAAAGUCGUCCUGUUCCUAUAAAAAAGAUGGGUUAUCAUUGGAGUGCAGUUGAUUUGUCUCUCAGUUUUAAAAGUGUGAAGUUGGAAUGGCUUCUUGGAACAAUCCGAAAAAAUGUACUUGUCAAUAUCUUCAGAAUGUCACAGAAAACUCAGUCCCCUGUUACCUUAAGUGUAAAGAAUGGAAGCUCAACAUCAAUGUUAUAUGGGUUAGCAAGGACAGGUCUUUCAGAUAACAAGCAACCUUUACCCAUUCUCAUUCUAGGAUCCAUUAUAUCUGCUGUAUUGAGCUCAGCAUCCACAACAGAUAAUAUGCUAUUCCAUGGAAAUGCGGUCAAGUAUUUUAUCCGGGAAGCCACAGGAGAGCUUUCCUCAUAUACUUAUGAUGCCACUGGAGAGUAUCUUGUCAAAUUAGCAUCCAAAAAGAGAGGACAUUGUGGAGAAAUGAUUGGUAUAGGAGAAAAAGUCUUACUUCAAAAGAUGAGAGAAUCUAACUAUGUGUCAGAGAACAUGCUUAUCCAGUCCCCUGAGAAGGGAAACCAUCCUAAAAAAUCACAAGAGAGCUCAAAGAAAGGAAAUACUGCUACACAAGACGGUGCUGGUUGCAGUUGUACUGCAAGUGGAGACUUUAUUUGCCUUGGUCACAGCACUCCGGAGAUGGAAUCGAAAUCAACAACUCAGCAGAAGCCAGUAUCUCAACCACAAUCACCAGUUGUAGUAACUUACAGUAAAGGAGCAAAAGAUGAUCCCCUUUCCCCAUCAAAAUCAUUGGGUGUGACUUCAAGUACAGAUUCAAAGAGUCAGAAUACAGUAGCAGAAGGAGAGCUUACAACUGUUGAAUCAGGUGUUCAGAGUUGUAAAACUUUAGAUUCUUAUGAAUUACCAAUACCAUCUGUUAGUCAUUCCCAGACUGGUACAGUUAUCAGCAAAAUGGAAGCUGAAACUUCUCCCAGGAAACCAGAAGAAAGUUCCAGUCAACAGUCUGCUGCUGUAGAUGCAGGUAAAGACACACCCCAGUCUAUGAAGGAUCAUGUGCAAAGAGAUGAUAAAACUAGUGCCACAGAUCCAAUGGCUGUUAAAGAAAAAGAUGAAGCUCAUACGGUGAAUCAAAGCACGUCAAAUCCGGGGAAUGAAGGGCGGUUAACCAGUAGUGAAGCUGAUGAAGCAGAGGAUGUUGAUGUUGACAUUGAAGGAGAAUCAGAACAAGGAUCUUCCAUGCUGAUGCAGCUAAGACAGCAAGUUGCCUCGCAAACCAUUACAGUGAAGAAGAUGAAAGGCACCUACAACACCCCAGGAGAUAUUGCCAGGCGCCUCCUGUCAGUGAGUGAAACUGGUAGACGUACUGGGAUCAAAAGGAAAACAGCAGACUUGCAUGACCAUAAGUAUGAGCGUCCAUGUCCACGUUCCAAGAAGAAGAUGCAUCAGAAUAAACCACUUCCUACUGUGAAAGGGAUAGCAGAGCAAGAACCACGUCCAGGACCAUCAGGGAUUAAGCAGCCAGUGAAGCCAAAACAGAGCACUCCCACUGUUUUGGUCAAGAAAAAGGAUCCCCUCCGUAUUCAGAAAAGGUUUUCAGAGAUAGAAGGAAUUGGUGAUGAACGCAGUGCUGUGGUACACAAUGAGCUAGAAAGAAUGAGAAGAAGGCUCAUGGGCAGGCUUUUCAAGAACCUCCAGUAUUGGGCCUUAUACACACCAGAACAGUCAUCUGCUGAGGUGGUUCCUGUGCCCAAGGUGGCUGUCCUAAGCAUUGCUACCAAGGUUUGCAAAGAAGUGAAGGAAGAGGAAAUACGUUUGACUGCUCAAGAAGAGGAAGUAAGAGCUGAGAGGAGCAUGUUGAUCAAAAGACUGGCAUCAACGAUUGCAGAUCAAGGUGAUGACACCAAAAUGUACUGGAAACAAUGGGUCAAAACAAACAUGAAGUAUCCUGUUGCCAGAAUUGUAUUUGAAAAGAACUGGAAACCAUCAGAGGUAGAUAAAGAUGCAAUAAGCAUUUCUUCAACUGAGUCGAGUCUGGACUUGGACCUGGAUGAUGGAAGCCCACUUUCUACCCCUUCCUCUCCUCAUCAUUCAGGAGAGAGCAUGUUUGCUGCUCUGGAAGCCAAGACUACUUCUGUGACACAGACUUCCCAAGUAAGAAGGAAAAAGAUAAUCAGGCCAGGAAGAAAGCCAGAUGCAAGGGUUAAGAAGACUGUUAAUGUGUCUCAAAAACUUUUUCUAGAUAGUCGGCUUCAGGGUCUGAAUAUUAGCUCGGAGGCUGCUGGUGCCAUUCCCACGAGUAUACUCCUUAUGGCAGGGACGAGCUCACGUGGGAGAAAGAUAGUUCGUAAGGAAGAUGUCAAUUUUGUGCCUUCGUGUACGUAGACUUAUGACAAGGAGAGCAUGCAAGGGAUACUGUGAAUGUAAACAACUAACGGCCUAUACCAGUACACAGAACAUACUCUACGAUCUCUUUAGAGUUUUAAACAGUUUCUGCAUCUUGUCCUUCAAGAAACUUCAGAUUUCAGUAUCAUAAUUAAAAUUGUGAGAAGUGAAGGACUGAAAUAAGAGACUGAGCAUGGGAAACCUUUCUUUGAUGCCAAGUUGAAAGCUUUUGGGAUUGGGGUUUGCCUGUAUGUUGCUUAAAAUAUACUCUAUUGAUUCAUUUCUUUUCUUUGGUAUGUACUUCUUUACUUUAACCCUCAUGUGAUUCAUAGGCUCUCUCAUAUUUCUUUUCUGUUUUAGGGUUACCUUUGUGGUGUUGGGAUCUGUACCUCUUUGUGAUGGCUGGUGUUGGUUCUUAAGAUUCUGAGCUUUAAUUAGAUAUCAUGGGAUUGAAAAUAUUUUGAUUGAUAGUUUCACUGAGAUAAAGCUUUUUACUAUCGUUCAACUUUGAUAUAAACAGGUAUCAUAUGAAUAAUUGCAUUUAGCUAGCAAAAAAGCGAUAAUGAGGAAAGGGUACUGUUCAUCUUUGACAGCCUUUGAGAUUCAGGGAUCAUUGUUAAAUAGGGUACAAAUAUUGACAAUUUUGGCUUUUUUUUAUUUAUUUAUUUAUUUUUCUUAUAUACUGCAAUGAUGGAAAUGAUCUUGUACAUUUUUCAUCAUGAGUAAAAAUAUCCAAUUUCAACAAGUUUCUCUGUAUGACAGCUAAACUAAUAAGUGUGGAAUACGAAGAAGAGAAACAAGUGUAGAAAUUUUCUUCUUAUAAAUAGAUAUAUAUAGCAAAUGGGUGUUACUAGUGGACAUAACUACUCAUGUGUGAUUUUUUCCUUUCUUUUUUGAGUAGUAUGACAGCCAUCAUACUUUCGAAGAGCUAUUAUUUUGAAUAUCGAAAUUUUAUUAUAAUUUUCAUAUUUUUUCCUUUAUUUUAUUUAUUGAAAAAGAUGUAUAAAAUAUGGGCUUUACUCAUGUAAAAUUAAAUAAUAGAAGAAGCACUGAGCUUUUCCUGUGAACCAUGAAUAUGUUGAACUACCUCUGUAUAUAUUUUGUAACAAUUUAACCACUGUAUAUAUUUUUCCAUGUAUUUUCACUUCAAGUUGUAAAUAUGAAACUUCCAAUUGAAGGUAUUAUGGUGAAAUAGGUGCACAACUUUCUUUUGAUUAUACAUGGCAAGAAGAACCAUCAUUGGUAAAAAAAAAAAAAGAAAAGAAAAGAAAAAAGUAGUAAAUUUA